AUGGUUGGCAUUUCAUCUGGACUGCAAAUGAGGCGUAAAGAAUUAGGGACGAAGUACUCAGGGGCAGGUUCAGUGGGAGAAAGAUCUAAAGUGGGUAAGGUACCAUCGGUCACUUUCCCGCUCGAUCAGGUAGGUGAUUCAGAAGAUAGUGAAGUCGUCGGUACGGACGUUGAUAGUAAUUGCUGUAGUGGUGAUUGUGGCUCUGAUGUUGGCAGUUGUGGUGGCGUCCGUGGAAGUGGUGGUUGGGGAAGUAGUGGUCAGGGACGUGGUAGUAGGGUAGGUGCACGCGGUGUUUGGGUGGGAUUCCCACCUGGUGGCCAAGGUGGACGACCAAUUGAGCAAGAAGAUGGUGGAGACGGAGGAUUCUCGCAAAGCCGCAAUGAAGGAGGUGAAGGUAGGUGGUCAUCAGCUGAGGGACCUGGAGAUGGAGGCACACCGCCAGCCAGUGGCUCCCCAUCUGGAGGUGGUAAUGGUAGUAAAGGCGGAUUCCCAUCAGAUGAAGGUGGGGGAGGUAAAGUUGUUACAGGUGGAUCCCCAUCAUCUGAAAGAGAUGAUGGAGAUGGAGGUCCACGGUCAGCCAACGACUGCCCAUCCGGAGAAGGUAAUGGUGGUAGCGGAGUAUUCGCACCAGGUGACGGAGAAGGAAUUGAAGGUAGGUGGCCAUCGGGUGGAAGAGAUGGUGGGGAAGGAGGAUCCCCAACAGACGACAGUGUUUGA